AUGCGACCGAUCGCUUCCUUUGAUGUUGUGCUUGUGAGAGAUGAUUCGACUGGAAAGUCAUCAUUUAUGGAUCGCUUUUUAAUUGAUCCUCAAAAUGUUUGUCCGAGGAGUACCUUUAAUACUUUUACUCUAUUCUUUAAAACAACGAAAGGAGAAAUUCAUUUACGAAUUUUCGAUUCUUUCAGAAAAUUCGGAAGAUUGAGAGACACAUUUUAUAUUCGAAAACAUGCGGCCAUCAUUAUGUUUGAUGUCACACAUCGAAACUCUUUCAAAAAUGUUCGUUACUGGAUUAAAGAUAUCAUGAAAAAUUGUGGAGAACAUAUUCCAAUGGUUUUGUGUGGUAAUAAGGUGGAUUUAUUGAAAGAAAGAAAAGUGAAAUCGUAUCAUGUGAAUAUGGAUCAAGGACUUCUUGGUAUGAAAUAUUUUGAAGUAUCGGCACUUGCUAAUUUUAAUAUUGACCAACCAAUGGUGUAUUUAAUGCGAAAGUUAUUGAAGGAUGAUGCAUUGGAUCUUGUGGAGACUGUUCCAAUGCUUCAAAUGGUACCUCCUUUGGUUGUGUUGGAUACGGUCGAGUAUUUUCUAAUUUUGGAAAAGGAAUGGUGGAUACAAAAAUCCAUCGAGCUGUUUCAAGUGUAUGAAGAAGAUAUGAUUUUCUUUGACAAGAUGGAACGAACCAUCUUUUACUCUUACUUUUCAGAUAUUGACAUUGUGUCGUUUCGAGCUUUUUAA